UGUAUCGAAAAACAGCUGAUCCUGUUUAUUUUUCAACAAAUUAAGGAAACAAAGUAAAAACAAUGGAUAGAAAGGAAUACAGAAAAGAACGCUCUCCACACAGAAGAGAAAGCUCUUCAAAGAAAAGGGAACGCUCUUCACACCGUUCGUCACAUAAAAGGAAACACUCGUCACGCCACAAAGAACGCUCCCCAGUGUCUGACACUGCGUCAAAUCUGGGAGAGUCUCGGAAGCGAUCGAGACAUAAAAGAAAACGCUCGUCACAUAGAACUGAACCAUCGCCACACCGAAAGGAAUGCGCGCCAUCCAGACGGGCACGCUCGCCACAGGGAAAAGUGUAUUCCCCACACAAAAGGGAGCGCUGUUCCCCACACAGAAGAGAACAUGUAAGGAAACGAUCUCCAGACAGAAGGGAACGAUCUCCACACAGAGCAAAACGAUUCCCACAUAAGGAGCGUACGGAAACCAGCGUUCUGACCUACAAUAAGUUGCUGCAGAUGCCCGUAAAUCUGCGCAAGAAAGCAACCAGAGAAGCACGCAAUCGAAACGAGGAGAUACUGAGCAAUCGCAAGGGAACGAAAAGAAAAACCAAAGCAUGGAUCACUGCUCGACGGCAGUGCAACGCCGCCGAACGCUCCGAGCACAAUGACCUGGUGGCCAGCACAGAGCAAGAACUGCGUCAGAUCUUGGAGAGUUUUGGUGAACUGUCGGACAUCCCCUACGACUGUACGGCCACUGAGCUGCUGGGCGAGAUUGCCAUCGCGGAGGGAAGCGCCACAACGAUCUACGUGGAGCGGGACGGACUCAGCACCCUGACAAUCGUGCUCCACCAACCCGUACCGACGAUCGCGCAGCUCAAGAAGGCAAUUGCUGUGAUCUCUCGUGCCGAGCACAAGCGAAGACAGCGCGAGCGGCACGAAGAGAGUCUCAGGCGUCGUGGAUUGGCCGACGGCGGACACGAAGAUCGACAGCGGCAGAGGCAGCAACAAGUUGCUGGUGGAGCCAUGCCGAUCUCCACCGGCGAGUUAGUUCAUUCCGCUUUGCGCAACGGGCACGAUCAUCGCGCGUUCGUUUCUUGGCGCUUUCUAUGGCGCUGCUUUGGCCUCUUCAACGUGGAAACGAAUCAGCCGAUCGACGACCGCUCCAACGGACGUGCCACCCUCACAGAGCUGGGCAUUGAGAACGCUGCCACCCUGAAGUUUGUCCAUCGCGUCAAGUACUUUGGUUGCCAAAGGCAGAGAUAGACAGCAGAGCGGAGCGAGCAUCCACUGACAGCCAAUGACAGCAGUAAUCUCUUGUAACAUAAACAAUUUGAUUGGAAAGUCAGUCGUAAGGAGGCCAC